CCGCGGCCGUUGGGGCGGAGCUCCUCCCGCCGCCAUGGCGCUGCCGCCGGGUAAAGGGUCGGAGCUGAAGCAGCUCAUCCAGCAGCAGCUGCUAAAGAUGGAUGUCCAUGGAAGGAUCCGAGAAGUUCUGGCCGAGACGAUACGUGAGGAGCUGGCGCCUGAGCAUCGGCAGUUAUCCACGGAGGAUCUGAUAAAAGCCUUAAGACAGCGAGGAAUCAUCGAUGAUGUUAUGAAAGAACUUAAAUUUGUCACUGAUGUGAGUGGAAAGGAGAGGGCUUCAUCUCCAAAACCAUCAACACAUUUUGUUGAUAGAGAGCCACCGGUUAUGAAAAAAACUAACAUUGACCCAACACGAAGGUAUCUUUACCUUCAGGUUCUGGGUGGAAAAGCUUUUCUGGAACAUCUUCAGGAACCGGAUCCUCUGCCUGGCCAAAUCUGUUCUACUUUUACACUAUGUCUUCAUUUCCGAAAUCAGCGUUUCCGUUCUAAACCCGUUCCCUGUGCUUGUGAGCCAGAUUUCCAUGAUGGUUUUUUACUUGAAGUUCACAAGGAAAGCCUAGGUGAUGGAAGUAAAAUGGUGGAUGCAACAACUAUGUUAUCUGUAUGUGAUCCAGUGCAUAUGGUUCUGAUCAAAACAGACACGUUUGGUGAGACAACGCUGGUAGCGUCCUAUUUCUUGGAGUGGCGAUCUGUCCUGGCUGCAGAGAAUGGCAUCACAAAUGUUGCUGUUGAACUCCUGGGUGUAGGUACAGAAUCAAAGGUUUCUGUCGGUGUUUUGAACAUCAGACUUGAAAUGUAUCCACCACUUACUAAGACUCUGUCUCCAGAAAUAACAAGCACUCAGUUUACUUUGGAACGUCAGAAGACAGCAGAAAAAGAACGUUUAUUUCUUGUGUAUGCUAAACAGUGGUGGAGAGAAUACCUGCAGAUCAGGCCUACACACAACUCAAGGCUGGUAAAGAUUUUUGCACAGGAUGAAAAUGGAGUAAACCGUCCGGUAUGUUCAUAUAUCAGACCACUUCGAGCGGGCCGGUUGCUAGACACACCUAGACAAGCAGCACGAUUUGUCAGUGUCCUGGGUUAUGAAAGAGCUCCUGUCAUCGGAGGAGGUGGUGGCAAACAAGAGCAGUGGUGCACACUUCUUGCAUUCGUAUGUAGAAACAAGGGUGACUGUGAAGAUCAUGCCAACCUUCUGUGCAGUCUUCUUCUUGGCUAUGGAUUGGAAGCCUUUGUGUGUGUAGGAACAAAAGCAAAAGGAAUCCCUCACGCUUGGGUAAUGACCUGUGGAACCGAUGGAACAAUUACUUUUUGGGAGAGCUUAACGGGACAUAGGUACAUCCACAGACCUAUCAACCCCGAUGACCCUCCAAUAGUUGAACAGCCCAAGCCGUUGUAUCCUUAUCGCACGAUAGGUUGUGUCUUCAACCAUCAGAAGUUCUAUGGAAACUGUCAGCCCACUGAUGCAGUGGAGGUCUGUGUGUUUGACCUACAGGAUGAGUCUAAGUGGAAACCCAUGAAUGCAGAAGCAAUAAAAUCAGUGUGUUCUCCUGGAACCGCAUCUUCAGUUCCCCCUUUUCCUCCUUUGUGUGCUUCAGCGAUAGAUGCAGCAGUGGCAAGCAAUGAUAUAGAAUUGCAACUGAGAAUCCUCGUCUCAGAACACAGGAAGGAUCUUGGCCUUUCUACUGUUUGGGAUGACCAUCUGUCCUAUCUAUUGUCACCAGCACUAGCAGCUUACGAGCUUGAACGUGCAACGGGUAUUUCUGCAGGAAACGAGGAGUUUCAGGAUGCUGUCAGAAGAGCAGUACCUGAUGGUCACACGUUUAAAGGGUUUCCUAUCCAUUUUGUGUACAGAAAUGCCAGGAGAGCAUUUGCCACGUGUCUUCGGUCUCCUUUCUGUGAAGAAAUAAUCUGUUGUAGGGGUGACCAGGUGCGACUUGCCGUUCGUGUCCGUGUGUUUGCAUACCCUGAAUCUGCAUGCGCUGUUUGGAUCAUGUUUGCUUGUAAAUAUCGCUCUGUCCUCUGACAAGCAGAAAUAAUUCUUACCUCUCUAGAUGUGCAAAAUGAGGUGUUUGCGUAUGAAAUUCCACAACUGAACAAAGGUAUUUUAGAUAAAUGGCAUUGAUUUUGAAUGCGGCAUGUGUUUGUAGUGAAAUGAAUUGUGUACACAAGAAGGAUUGUAUUUAUACAGAGAAUUUUAUUUUAAUAAAAGCUACUUUUAAUACUUACAGGAAUGUUAUUAAAAUGCAUAUGUGCAA